GCGGCCCGUUGCUGUAGCCGCCGCCGUCGCUCUUGAUUUCUUCUUGGCAUCUUCAUGGUUUUUCGAAGACGUACGAAAACGAGAAAACGGGAAAACCAUCCAUUUACGCGUGCCCUCAGUCAUAAUUUCGGUUCUGAGAAUCGUUCUACGUACCAAAAUUAAUCAGUGCCAAACGCAAAUAGUUAAAGCCAUUAAUUGUGAGUGCGAGCGUGUGCGUGUUAAUUUAACCCCAGCCUCUCGUGGCCAUUAAUCAAUACUUAGCACAUGGUAAAAACUGAUUAGCUGGUGUGCAAUAAAACACCAGAAAAAUUAAAAAUCGAGAAGCCCCAGCGAAACCCCAGAGAAACUUCCACUUGCCCUGAGCCUGGUCCUUCGCCCAGGACACCUGACGGCCUGCCAGGUAAACGCCUUCCCAAGAUGCCAGUGCUGAACAUCUCGGCGGACAACCUGACCAGCCUGCUGCAGGGCCUCGAACCGGAGGAGCUGCUGCCCACGGCCACCCCGAUGACGCCGCUCGACCUGCUGGCCACCCUCAGCGUGGGCUACGCCCUCAUCUUCAUUGCGGGCGUGCUGGGCAACCUCAUCACCUGCAUCGUCAUAUCGCGGAACAACUUCAUGCACACGGCCACCAAUUUCUACCUGUUCAACCUGGCCAUAUCCGACAUGAUCCUGCUGUGCUCCGGAAUGCCCCAGGACCUGUAUAACCUUUGGCACCCGGACAACUAUCCCUUCAGCGACAGCAUCUGCAUAUUGGAAAGCGUUCUCUCGGAAACGGCGGCCAAUGCGACCGUGCUGACCAUUACCGCCUUCACCGUGGAGCGCUAUAUUGCCAUUUGUCAUCCGUUCAGGCAGCACACGAUGUCCAAGUUGUCACGGGCCGUAAAGUUCAUAUUUGCCAUCUGGAUAGCCGCCCUUCUGCUGGCCCUGCCCCAAGCCAUCCAGUUCUCCGUGGUGAUGCAGGGCAUGGGCUCCUCCUGCACGAUGAAAAACGACUUUUUCGCCCAUGUGUUUGCUGUGUCGGGCUUCCUGUUCUUCGGCGGACCCAUGACGGCCAUCUGCGUGCUCUACGUCCUCAUCGGGGUGAAGCUGAAGAGGAGCAGGCUCCUGCAGGCGCUGCCCAGGCGCUGUUACGAUGUCAACCGGGGGAUAAGCGCCCAGACCCGAGUCAUCCGGAUGCUGGUGGCCGUGGCCGUGGCGUUCUUCAUCUGCUGGGCCCCCUUCCACGCCCAGCGCCUGAUGGCCGUCUACGGCUCCUCCUCGGGCAUCGAGUCGCAGUGGUUCAACGACGUGUUCAGCAUCCUCGACUACACGUCCGGCGUGCUCUACUUCCUCUCCACCUGCAUCAACCCGCUGCUCUACAACAUCAUGAGCCACAAGUUUCGAGAGGCAUUCAAGGUUACCCUGGCUAGACAAUUUGGACUGGGUGGCAAAAACCAAGGAAGAGGGCUGCCCCACACCUACAGCGCUCUGAGGCGUAAUCAGACGGGUUCGUUGCGACUUCACACCACGGACAGCGUUCGGACCACCAUGACUUCCACGGCGACGACGACUACGGGCCUGAAUGGCUCUGCCAGUGGCAAAGGGACGGCAACAGGUCCGGCGGUGCGGCUGAACCGCGUGUCCUUGGACAGCGGCCAGCUGCAGGGCCAGAGUCGGAGUCGGCAGGACCUCUUCGACAACCCACGUCGCACCCUCCAGACGCAAAUAUCCCAGCUGUCGUCGGUGGGCGAUGCCCACUCACUGCUCGAGGAGGACUUGCACUUUGCCGGCGAGCCACUGCAGCGACAGCCCACCAUGUGCUCCAUUGAUGAGCUCACUGAUGACUUGGCCAUCUCCCGGUCCCGCCUCAAACUGACGCGCAUUACCCGCCCACUGGCUGCGGCGGGGGGCGUGGCAGGAGGCGGGACAGGGGGCGUGGGAGGUGACGAGUCGAGUGGCAAAGUGAGCAAGGCGAAAGUGAAAGUGCUGAAGGGCUCAAGCGCUCUCAAGGGUCUCAGGGCCAAAUUCAAUUGGCGUGCCAGACGCAAAGGCAGCCACAAACCGCCGGUUAAGGGGGCCACGGGGGCGGUCGACGGUUCCGGAGAGCGGGGAUCGGCCUUUUAAGGGGGUCCCAACAAACCUCCCCAUACACUUCACCCCCCUCUCUGGAGGAGAAAGCCUUAUCCGGAGUCCAUUCCAGUGCCACCCGCAGACAUUACACACACACAACUGUGAUAUGAGCAGCAAGCGCCUCUCCAGCUUGUUUGUGUUUACUUUAGACAAAUAUAUUCCGCGUUGGGGUCAAUUAAACUAUAUAGUUGUCCCGGCCACUAAUGAUGUAGCCCAAAGCUAUAGUUCGAAUUCUAGUUUUAGUAUUGUACUUGUAAUCGAAUCGCGUUGAACCGCAAUAAACCAUGUAGUUCAG